AUGGAUGACUGCUACCAGCUAAUAGGAUAUCCACCAUGGUACAAAGGGAAGAAGAAAACAGUGGCUUGCAAUACACAGUAUGGAAUAUCAGCUGAACAUACUCAGGGUCAACAAAUGAUUCCAAGGAGUAACCAUGGAUACAAUGGAUACACCAUGACUUCACCUCAUAAUGCAGGCUAUUGUAUGGGAGGAAAUUCAUAUAAUGGCAGUGCCGGAUACAAUACAGGGAACCCAUCAUAUAAUGCAGGACAUGGUAAUGGACAUGCUGCAGCACAUGGAUAUGGUGCAGGAAAUGGUAAUGGAAAUGUUGCAGCACAUGGAUAUGGUGCAGGACAUGAUGGAUAUGCUGCAGGAUAUCAAGGCUUUGGAGGUGUUAACAUGGAUAUUAGUGAGGGAUAG